CCCACUACUCCCAGCUAGGACCCUUCAGCAGAGGUUACCAACUCACGCCUUGAUCGAAUAAGUGUUUGAAAGGGGGUUCCCUGCAGUUAUUUACUACUUAAAGGCGUGAUGAUUUGAUUCCUGUCCGGGUCCGUUGGGAAUGAGGGUCCGGGUUACGUAGGGAACGGUGUCAGAGGGUGGUGGUGCUGCGGAGCAGGCAGCGGACUGGGCAGACGGCUGUGAUGGCGGCGGUGGUCGGGCUGCUGGGCCGAAGGUGGCGCGGCCUCGGGAGGAGCCUGGGCGGCUGCAGCUCCCUCACCGCCGCGGCUCGGCGGCCUCUGUCGGCCAGUCAUGCAUUUCGUCAGCAGCAGUUCACGUCCCUGGAUGAGAAGCCCCAGUUCCCAGGAGCCUCCGCAGAUUUUGUGGACAGGCUGGAGUUUAUUCAGCCCAACGUGAUAUCUGGUAUUCCCAUCUAUCGGGUCAUGGACCGACAGGGACAGAUCGUGAACCCGGAUGAAGACCCCAAGUUGCCGAAGGAGAUGGUACUCAAGUUCUAUCAGAAGAUGACGCUGCUGAACACUAUGGACCGCAUUUUGUACGAGUCCCAGCGACAAGGUCGUAUAUCCUUUUAUAUGACGAACUAUGGUGAAGAGGGCACACACAUAGGCAGUGCAGCUGCCCUGGAACCAGAUGACCUGGUGUUUGGACAAUACAGGGAAGCAGGUGUCCUUAUGUACCGAGGCUUCCCACUGGAACUAUUUAUGGCACAGUGUUAUGCCAGUGCUAAUGAUGUGGGCAAGGGCCGUCAGAUGCCUGUUCAUUACAGCUGUAAAGAUCUCCAUUUCGUUACAAUCUCCUCGCCCUUGGCGACACAAAUACCCCAGGCUGCAGGGGCAGCGUACGCAUACAAAGUUAGCCAGGCAGACCGUGCAGUCAUCUGCUACUUUGGAGAAGGUGCUGCAAGUGAAGGGGACGCUCACGCUGGCUUUAACUUCUCAGCCACUUUAGAGUGUCCCAUCAUAUUCUUCUGCAGGAACAAUGGCUAUGCAAUAUCAACACCAACUCACGAGCAGUACAGAGGCGACGGCAUCGCUGCCAGAGGUCCUGGUUAUGGGAUAAUAUCCAUCAGAGUGGAUGGGAACGAUGUCUUCGCCGUCUAUAAUGCUACCAAGGAGGCUCGGCGCAGAGCAGUGGCUGAAAACCAGCCCUUUCUCAUUGAAGCAAUGACCUACAGGAUUGGCCAUCACAGCACCAGCGAUGACAGCUCUGCCUAUCGAUCUGUGGAUGAAGUGAACUACUGGGACAAGCAGGAUCACCCCAUCUCCAGGCUCAGACACUACAUGGUGAACAAGGGCUGGUGGGACGAGGACCAGGAAAAAGCAUGGAGAAAGCAGUCCAGGAAACGGGUGAUGGAAGCCUUCGAGGAGGCUGAACGUGCACUGAAGCCGAAGGUGGACUAUUUGUUCUCGGACGUGUAUGAAGAAACCCCGGUCUCGCUGCAGAAACAGCAGGAGGCGCUGCAGAGGCAUCUGAAGAUGUAUGGAGAGCACUACCCCAUAGACCAUUUUGAGAAGUAAAUACCACGUUCAGAUUCACAGCUGCACCCACCACCCCUCCACCUGCAUGUCAGUGAGUUUCAUCCCGAGUCAACAAGGUUGCUUCCAGUUAACCCUUUGAUUUCCAAAACUAAGGCUAUUUAUGGUGAACCUCUCCUCUCCCUUCAGUUUCUCAUCCUGCGGUUCUCUGACCUCCUGUGUUCCUGCUGCUGGUUGCUGGCAGUUAGCGAAUUCCUGAUUUUUUUUUUUCCCCUCCCCACCCCAGCACAGAUAAUCCCAACUCCUUGAUGAUGUCAAGUGUCCCUUAACACACCCAUACCCAGUAACCUCAGUUACCUGUGAAGGCAGAUGGCUGGGGUUGAAUGUCACGGUAUCCGGAAAACAUAAAUUAUUCCAUACAAUUGAUUGAAACAAAGGGUGGAAAAAUAGGAACAUAAAAACAGUUAGAAGGGCUAAUUUUUCUUCCUGGACUGAAAUAUUCCAUCAGUUUUGGGAGGAGAGGUGAUGUUCCGAUCUAUGGGGGGGGAGUUUUAUUGCCUCUGUCCAUAGUCUGUAGAUCUGAUUUAUUCACUAAUGUGUUCUUGCUGCAGAAGAGCUUGCUGUGUUGGGAAUAUUUAUGUAGUUUGGGAAGCGAAUCCUUUUUGACCGUAUUGUUUCAUUUCUCUCCAGGCAAUCCUGUCAUCUGUUGUGUUAGUAGAAAUGAUACUCUGCCUUCUCCGGUAGCCUCGUGGAUUAAGGUGGCCCCAAGGGCAGUAUGGAACCCGAGAAAUUGGUUACAUUGAGGUGUUUUCCCCCUAGAAAAGUCUGUGGUGAAUCACAUCAGGUGGUUGAAGGGGAAUGGAACCUGUCUUCCCAGCCCUCUGCCCUUUUGGGUGAGGGCAGGACUGGGCUUGGCUCCCGUGGGUCUGUUCAGUCCAGUCUCGCACACAAUGGCACCCAGAUAGUUCCCGCAGUGAAUGCCCAGGGAUGUCAAAGCUUCUAGUGCAGGAUGAAGUCCAUUGUGGAGGGAACAGAGGAAAGAAAGAAAUCGAAGGGAAAGAGUGAGGAAAAAUGUGCACAUGAAAAGCACUAGAACCCUCUGCUUCAUUCCAUGAUAGGUACUGGUCAUUGUUGCUGGAACAUAUCUACCCUUUGGUGUUUGCCCAGAUCAACACCAAUGCUGACUUUCUGUACACUAACCUGGCCUCUUGUACAUCCCAUAGCUGCUACUCUGCAUCCUUGCUCAAUAAGAUCAUCGAAUUGUACUUAACCCCAUCACCCAGCACUUGGUUUAUAGCCGUCCAUGCCUAAGAGUUUUAUGUGUUCAUCUAGUCACUUAAAUGCUGACAGUGACCUAGGUACCACCACUCUCUCAGGCAGUGCAUUCCAGGUACUUUCUGGGUGAAGGUCCUGCUCAUAUCCCUCUGUCUUGAUGCAUGGUUUUAGCCUGAAACGUUUUUCUCCCACAGAUGCUGCUCAACCCACUGAGUUCCUCCAGCAGAUUCAGAGGGAAUCCAACAUAUCCCCUCUGAAUCUCUCUCCCACUUGCCCUAAACCUUUGUCCUCUAGUUUCAUCUACCUCUGAUAUAGAGAAAGGCUUUCUGUAGUCUCCACUGCCUAUCCCGCUCAUAAUUUUAUAUACCCCAAUCCUGGUCAUGGCAAAAAGUUAUGGCUGCCAUCUCGGGGCUCCAUUGUAGUCUGAAUAAUUGUGGUAAAAUUCAGCACCUCUCAUUCAGAGCUGGAGUUUACUCUCAGUGUAUCAGGACAUAGAUGAUGCCUGAGAUCAGGUACAAUGAUCUCAGUAAAACACAGGUUUAAAGCUCUGGUGGUGAAUGGUGGAGGAACUGGCUGAGGACACUGAGGGUCCAUCUUCAGCUGUUUACAGGGCAUUUCCCCUCUCCCAUUUCUUCACAAUGGGGUUGUACUAAAUUUAUUCCCCUGGAUAUAAUCGGAUCUGGCAUUGCCUUCCUGAUGUUUCACAGCAAUUCAUAAUGCUUGCAAAUAUUGCCAUGUUACGGAGCAGACGGUUAAGACAAUUGCUAAUUUUCCUUUCUGUGGCGUGAGAGUGGCUGCUUUUUCUAAAUUACAAAACACAGAGCAUGGAUGCAGGGUCACAAUCGUGAGUGGUCUGCAGGAAAAAGCAGGGUUCUCAAAUUACAAAACCAUACAAAUCGUCGAAAACCAUUGCUUCCCCAGCUCAUGUUCCAUUCCCCAACGUCACUUCAGUCUCCAGCAUACACAGCAGUAACGGUGUGAUUCUGUGGUGUCAACUGAGGCACAGUAUAUCGUCAGAAAGUUGUGAGCGCAAACACCCUGCAGUGAUGUCUAAAUUCUGAGGUCAUUAAAGGUUUGCAUUUCAAAGCACUUCAGACAGUGGAUUCGCUUGCAUUAAAACAAAUGGAGCAAAUAUGUCAGGACCUAGCUCAGUCAAUAGAGCAUGAGACCAUUCAGCAGUAACACAGCGGGGAGAUGUGAUGCUAGCAGGUUCCCCCUUCCGUCACCAGCUCCAGGUUGCAGGUUUCUAAGUGGAAUUCAAAAUGCACAGUGCAAUCUAUAGAGAUGUCUCUUUGGGUGCUUUCUCCAUGUUCCUUGCUUGUAUCAACUAGUCAGAUGUGGUUAAUGAGAGGCACAGUGCCUUGGGCUUAUUUGGAAGUGGACAUUAUGAUUUGAAUAAACUGAAAAGCCCCUGUAUUCUAAAGUUCUCAGUGCAAAAGGUGGAGAAGUUCCACCAGAUGUACUUUGUCUCUCCGUAAUGACCCCUGAGCACCACCCACCACCAUCCAGUUUAUCUUCCCACUCCUGUACAUGAGUUGUAUGUUGCUCUCCCACAAUUUACUCUCUGCAGCUUUGGUGAAAUGGUUGCCAACUCUGCUUGGAUCUGUUCCUGGAGGUUUCCUAGUGAUUCCAAUACCUCUCCCACUCCCUGACCAAUAUUUUUAUGACUAUUAAAUGAACAUUUUCAAAGACCUUGGGGGGGAAAAAAUAAUGUUUUACUUUUAAUGCCCCCCAUUUGCUGGUAUUAAGGAUCUGAUGUUGGUUCUGAAGCAUCAACUAAUGUUGGUUUUCAUCUUGCAUAGAGAUGAGACUUGGAUCUACGAUAUUGGAUGGAAUUGCUGCUAAUCGGCUUGUUCAGCAACCACCUCUCUAAGCAAACAGUGGUGUUGAACAGAGCACAAUUAAAGCUGCUGCUUUUCUAGAGGUGCUCCCAGCAGUGUACAGUAGAUUAAUUCCUAGAGACUAGGAUACUCCUAAAGGGUUGCAAACCAUUCCACUAGCCACUCCUGGCUGCUGUACAUAGGGCAUGGAGUAACCCUGUUCCAACAAAGAGACUAGGAUCUUACUCUGAUUGCCCUGUACCACCUCAACUGAACCCAAGCCAUGUACAUCCCUGUGUGAACGGGAUGCAGUAUCCAAUAUUCCUUUUAACAAAAUGCACUCUUCACAGUUAAUUAUUGAUCUAUCCAAAGCUCUGGCUUUGUAAAUGUUCUGUCAAGAACUUCCUGUUGCUUUAUAAACUCUCCAGGAUCUUGACUUAAUCCAUGUAGCCCCACGGUCAAAACAGUGUGACCUGCUGCUGUUAAUGUACAAAUUUAAAGGUGACUUUGACACUAAAUAGACGUUGCUGUCUAGUUGAGAGUUGUAUUGGUGGCUUGCAACUUGGAGGAAGAGGGUUUGAUUAUUGGCUAAAGUACAUUAGAAGUAGUCUUAGCAAAUCCAAAUUUCAUUUUUAUUUUAAAGUCUGUUACAAAACACAAACAUGUUAAAGUUGUGUGCAUAAUCAUUGAUGGUUGAGGGAUAGGAAUAAAAAUUAAUCAAAAUGGAUGGUGAGAAAUUGUACUUUCUAAAAUUGGAAGUUACUGGUAUUAAAGGUCAGAUGUUGGUUGUGAAGUAUCAACUAAUGUUGGUUUUUCUUUUGUAUGGAGCUAAGACAGCUCUGUGAUUAUGGGGUGGAAUUUCUAUGUACCUUGCUCUGUAAUCACCUCUUUAAGCUAACAGUGGUGUUGAAUAACACAAAGCUCCUUGAGCUAUUCUAGCCAGCAGGUAAAGGUGUUUGACCUCGGAGUUCAACUUUCUUGAGGAAAUUCCCUGGUCAGGAAACCCUGGAAUUUUGAACACAUGACAUCUAGCUUCCCUCCUGUGUGGAAGAGUCUAGAUUCUGCUGAACCUGUGGUAUCCAGGUCCCCUCCUGUAACCCACUCAUUAAGUGUCAGGGAGCCUGGAAGGAGCACUGCAGGGUUUCUAAGAACUUCCUCUGAUGGAAUGGCCAAUACAUUCAUGGAUCUCUGUUUAAAAAUGACUCGUUUCAACAGUGCAGCUGGAUGUUACCUCAAUCUGCCUUGGUAGCAUGUAUAAAGAUGUGAGCAAUAAAAGUUGUAUUUAAGAAUGAA